CCACCUCCACCACCUCCACCACCUCCACCACCUCCACCCAUGACUGGUACAGCCAAAAUUGGGAAGACAUCUUUGCCUGGUCCACAAGAGCGGUCCUCCAGUGCGGCGACUACACCAGGCACGGUACCGCCGACGCCAUCAGCGAAUGCACAGCCGAACCCGACUCAGCAAGGAGCGGCCGGGUUCCGUCUGCAGUCUCUUCUCAAGCUGCGUGAUGUGCGUAGUGCUGACAACAAAUCGAACCUGAUACAUUACCUCGCCAACAUGGUUGCCAAGACCAACCCUGAGCUCUUGAGCUUGCCAGAGGAGUUUGCGUUCUUGAGCAAGCUGGAGCAGCAUCGAACCAAGGAGAUUCUGGAUCAGGUGCUCGAUCACCAGAAGGCAAUCAAGAAGCUGAGGGAUUUCCGAAGACGGCUGGCAGGAAAGGUCGAGACAUUGACCAAGGCUAUCCAGGAAGCGGCGAAGAUCUCUAAGAAACAAGAGAAUAGUAUCGAAGGUGAUGAGGAUGGUGAUCAGAAGAAGACUCAGGGUCCCCCUGUGGACGCGGAUGUAGCUCAAAAAGAGGAGCUGGAAACAGCGCGACAAGUCCUGAUCAAGCUGGACAAGUUUUUGAGCAAGGCUCAGACUCGAUUUGAGGAUUUGGUGGAUCUGGUCGAGACCCUGGACUACAGCUGGAAAUCGACAGCGAUUUAUUUCGGCGAAAAGACGGCAGCGGACAUGGCAGGGAUGCCCUCGGUACCCUCAUACUCCACCGCAAGCGGCCCGAGCACUUCAACAAGGACGAGAGUCAACAACUUUGGUCCAUCUUCAUCACAGCGACAACAGCAGCAGCAGAUGGUCAACAAAAUGCAGACGGGACCACGCAAACCACCAGAGGAGAUCUUUGCGGUGAUCCACGAGUUCCUUCGAUACUUCCGGGAGGCUCACCUUCAGAACGAGGAUGCGCAGACCCGAGCAAAUCGUCAGGCAGCAGCUGCAGCGGCUGCAGCGCUGCGUUCUUCUGCGUCUUCAUCAGCGUCAUCGGCUUCGCGACGGUCGUCAGCAAGUGGCGGAAAAAGUUUGUCUUCUACUUUAUCACUGAGAGGCGCCCAUGCGCGUCCUUAAGUCUUUGUUUUUUAUUAUUGAUAUUGCAUUGUUAUUUUUUUCUGCCAUUUUGUACUUUUUAUAUUACACCUCCUUGUACUAUAUAUACCCCACUAUUUCUUAAUGAAAAUAAAGCCAAAAGCAUUGUUGCAGAUGACAUUAAGAGCGAU